CUCAGGUACCUGAAGUGGGAUGGAAAGCGCAGACAAGGCUCACUUCAUAUUGCAUUGCGACAACAGGAUGACUUGUUGAAGCCACAAUCUCUCAAUAUCAGACAUCACUCUUUCCCUCUGUUCCUUCGAUCGCUAUCAAAGCGUCAUGCCUGUGAGUACCGUCGGUGCCACUAUUAGCAACUCUGAACUUAUGACAUGGCGCAGGCCUACCACUCCAUCUUCUUGGGCGACCAGGGCGUUCAAACGAUAGGCAACUUUCCUCUGCUACCCCUACGCACGAAGACCCGGGGCCCGGCCUAUACACUCCCUCAACUACCCCCGAGCGUCAAUCCACUCGAUGUCGACCCGGACUCGGAGUCAUACGACUGCCUCGACGAGAUCUUGUCUUUGUUCCGCGCAAAUACCUUCUUCCGCAACUUUGAGAUCAAAGGCCCCGCCGAUCGCAUGCUGAUCUACGGCAUCCUCUUCGUCUCAGACUGUCUCACCAAGAUCAAGCCCAACAUGGACACUCGGAGUGCAGAGAAGGCCCUCAUCAACGGUGCCUUGGAACAAUUCAGCAUCCCGGGCGAGCCAGGUUUCCCGCUGAACCAAGCAUUCGAAGCUCCCAGGGACAGGAACGAGGCGGAAGCACUCCGAAGUUAUCUCAGUCAAGUCAGGCAGGAGUUGGCCAUAAGACUACACGCUAGAAUGUACGACGGUGGAGCGACGACUCCGAGUAAAUGGUGGCUGAGUUUUACAAAGCGGAAAUUCAUGGGGAAGAGCUUAUAGUGUUUUCAUUACGAGUUCGUCCAUAAGAUAGAGCAGCUGGCCUGUCUGGUCACCGAAUGAAGUCAUGAAAUACCAACUUUCCCUUACCAGGGGCUCCACAGACCCAGCGAAAUUCCUUUCAAGCUCAAGCUGAAAGAG